AUGAAGAUUGCAACUUGCAAAUUCACUACCAUAGCCACUGAACAAUUGGACUUGUCAAAGAAUGUUCUCGAAGAUGUCAAUUCAGUCUUUCCAAAAAAUUCAUCCACAAACUUAAAGGUUUUCUCAUUGGAAGAUAACAAAUCGUCCAGGUUUUCAAUGACAUCAAUUGGGUAUGGUGAAAAUGACGUUCAACAUGGAAACUUACGUGAAUUAUGGUUCAUUGGUAACUAUUGUAAAGAUGAAAGUCAAAAGGAUAAGUUUGCGGCAUCAUUGCCAAAGUUGGUGAAAUAUUUGUGGUUAACGGAAAGAGUUAUCAAUUGGUACUCUUCACGGGAUCAUAUGCUUCAAAAUGAGUUAUCUGGUUUUUGUUUGUAA